CAUCGCCCGGAGAACCCGGCACAUAACUCCACCCCUGUGUGAUACCGGCUUCCAAGCUUCCUACCACGCCUCUUCCUGAACUGCGGGGGGUUCUCACAAACACCGGCAAAACCUAUAACUCUGCUGCAUCAAAUGAUUAUGCAUUGCUCCGAGCUACAAACUCGUUCUCGCCAAUUGCACACGACGCCGAAGCAGUCAUGGUGGCGCGAACGCUGUUCCUCGGAGCCUUCGCACUGAUAUUACGUCUAGACGAUGUCCAUGGACAUGCCAAGCUCGUCGAACCACCGGCGAGGAACGCGAUGUGGAGGUUUGGUUACGACACCCCCGAGGAUUUGGACGACGCUGGACUUUACUGCGGAGGAUUUUCUACACAAUGGAAGAAAAACGGUGGACGGUGUGGUCCCUGUGGCGACGCCUUCUCCCAUCCCACUCCCCGGCCCCACGAGACUGGAGGACUGUACGGGAAAAACAUCACCGUUCGGACUUACCCACCAGAUGCCGACGUUGACGUCGUUGUAGACAUCACUUCAAAUCACAUGGGGUGGUUCCAAUUCUCUCUGUGCCAACGUGACAGCGUCAACCAACUGGAGACGGAAGAUUGCUUCCACUACCACUUGCCCAUCCUCACCGAGGAAGGCGCAGUGUACCGCUACGUGCUGCCCACAUCACGCGGCGGGCUCUACCUUUUCAAAGUGAAGCUUCCUCGGGACGUCACAUGCAAUCAUUGCAUUCUUCGUUGGGAGUGGAUUGCAGGCCAUACUGUUGGAAGAUGCAAGGAUGGCAAGCAGAGACUCGGCUGCGGACCCCAGGAGACCUAUCGAAACUGUGCCGACAUUGCCAUUCGUUCUGGGGGUGGAGUGAGGGGGCCUCUCGCUGCCAAUGGUCUUGAGAAAUGAAGAAACGCUGACAGUGUCUUAAUUUAUGGUAGGUCUUGUACCAGUGUCGCACGGACACAAAAAAUGACAUCAAGUGCAGUGCUUUAAAGUCAUUUGUGCAGUGCCACAUAGAGAGCUUCAAUUACGUUUGUCUCAAACUUAACAAACUUGUGCUUUGUGCAAACUUGUGUGAACACCUUGUGUUCGCGUCUGCUUGGGGUCCUGUAUUACCCCUUGCGUUUUGAGUAGAGACGGGACGAAUCCAGAAUUUGCCGAAUCCAAAUCCAACGAAGGUUCCGCAAAUCCACGAAUCUAAGAUCUUUUGAACCCUUUCUUUAAAAAAAAGAGUUCAAAAAGCCAGGAAAAAAAAAAACACUUCUACUGAAAGGUGUUUUGAAGCAGAAUUUUUGAACAAAUUACAUAAUAGUUCACUUUGAGGAAAAACAUACCCGUAUGUUCUUCCCAAGCAUAACUUAUUUAAUAUGUUGUUCACCAACUACAGGAAAUACAUAAAUUCUCGAGUCUGAAUUUUUUUCCAUAGAACAAAAGAAACAAUCAAAAGCAAAACUGUGUUACUUUUAAACUUGUAAUGUCGGAGCUUUAUGCUGUGGUUUUGGCAAACUCCGGAGGCACCUCUUUCAAAAAGAAAUAAACAAACAGGGCUGGCGGAUUCGAAGGAUUCGAUUCGCUGUCUUGGGCACUGGAAUUCGGAUUCCCGAAUUUCGAAUCCCUGCCCAGGGUUUGCAGAUUCAGUUGGACCAUCCCUAGUUUUGAGCAAAACAAAAGGAUGCAUGUAGUAGCUUUGGAGGGAGAUAUUUCGUAGCUGAAAGGUUACAGGUAUACCACAACCUGUGUCAAGAGUUUGUGGCGGAGUUUCAGAUUAUACGCCAUUUCUUGCUUAAUGGGUUCGCCACAAUUCCUUCGCCCAUGGAAUGCCUACUAUUGCUCCCAUUGUUUGCGUAGAGUAACAAUCUUAGCUUGAAUGAAACCGCUUUCUACUCUAAAACACGGGACUGUUUCUUUUCACGAAAAACAUUAUGAUUGUUACGAACAACCUCAGGAUAAGAGUUGCCGAUAUUUCAAACAGAGUGUGUUCUUCAGCUGGGCCCGGAGGAACGGCCUUUGUUCAAAAUAUCUGCGGUUCUUGCCUUAACAUUUCCUCACUGGCUCGAAAGAUUUUUUUUCCUUUCUACAUUAUGGUUAUCCUGAAUUUAUGCUGACAAAACCACAAAAAGACAUACGCUGAUGUCAAGCACAGAUGCAAUUGUUUUAUGAAUUAUAGCGACCUAUGCUGAAAGCAGCUGGUAUUAAAACAUAUUAAAACAGGUCCACCAAAAAAAUCAAUUAGAACACAUUUCAAAAUGUUAGAUACAUUUUCAACCUGCAAGCUACGUUUCACCAUGUAAAAAUAUUUUGCCGCAACAUCUUCACAGCGUUUGAUGUUAUUAAAAAGGAUGUGUGGCACAUAAUGGCAUUCAAGAUCUGAAUGACAGCAGAUGUCAUUUUUUGUGGCCGUGUGACACUGGUAUUCCAUGCACAUUGACAACAUGUGUAGCGUACAAGUGCCCUUCUCCAGUGGCAAUGGCACUUUCUACUAAGUUAUUCUGUUUGUAGCACAUCAGAGCUAGAACGGUUAAAGGUGGUGCCCGGACAAAACACGCAGCUGAACUGAAGGUGUGAUCGGAAUAGUGGGUGCCUGAAAUACGUGUAAUUGGAAUAUUUCAUUUAUGAACAGUCGGAAACAUUAGAAAAUGAAUUUAAUCGUUUUUUCCUGCCAGCUGCGCGCUCCUGGAUGAAUUCAGGCAACGGUGUGCGGAUCAUGUCACUGGAGGCAUAUGAAGGCAGGCUGUCCGUCACAAAAUGCAGUGUUCCGACUCGCAACCUGCUGGCAAACAGUCGCUAGAAACACCUGUGUCCGUGCUUUUCCGUGGUAUCGGAUUGUAACUAGAUCCUGAAGUUUUAGGGUUUAACCCGAUUCUUCUUCCCCGAAUUGAAGGUCUCCUCUUUAGGGUGAAGCCCGAUUUUUACCUGGCAAAUUGCCCUCACUGAGACGUCUGUAGGAAUGCACACUAACUUGUUUGGCAGCAAAUGCAGUUACAUCACCAUUUGUACCAAAUCAGUACAGUUCGUUUGAGUAAAUGAGCCCAAUUUCUCCCCGAAUUUAGCAUACUGGAAGUUUUUUCACCCGAAUUCGCAUGAAUUUAGAGCACAUUUUAAUUUACCCGAUUUUUACCCCCCAAAUUUAGAAGAAAAAAAAAUUCCCGAAAACUUCAGGUUCUAAUUGUAACCAGCCUGGCGAUGCAGUCAGCUGAGCGAUUGGGAAUCUCGCCGGCAAUGCCAGCGGAAGAGGCGGAGCAGGGAAGGGCCAGUUCGAGCUGUCAGGUUGUUUCAAAUUCGAUGUUUUUUAUGUUUUAUUAAAAAAAAAAAAAAACUGUGUGAAUUUUGCGAAACUUUUUGUGUUUUCUUCUUGGAAGGAAUCUCCAAGUGGAUAUCACAUUUACGUUACAAUUUCCAGAUUCCUCACGGACACCACCUUUAAGUGUAGCAGAACUUGUGCUUGAAGAGGUGUUGACUGGAAGUGAUUUGUCGUUACACAGGAGGUAUAUAAAAAAAAACACACAAUGAUGA